GUUCCGGCAGGUGUUCUCGCGAGAGCCGGUUUCCAGCGGAAGAUGGCGGCGGCGGGAGCAGCGGCUCCAGCGCCAGAUGAGGGAGGUGAAGGAGAGGCUAGUUCGCCGCCACCUCCGGAAGCUGGGGCUGAGGAAGCUUCGGGGUCAGUCGAGCAGGGAACCGGGGACUCCGAGACCGGUGGGGAUGCAUCCCUGGUCGAUGUCACUGCCACCAUGGAGACUGAAUCGUCCAGUGGGAAGGAUGCAUUGGAGGGUGUUGGUGACAGUUCUGAAGUUAUGGAUAAUCAGACUGGUUCAGUAGAUGAAGAGAAUGGACGACAGCUGGGGGAAAUUGAGCUGCAGUGCGGGAUUUGCACCAAAUGGUUCACGGCAGAAACAUUUGGCAUUGAUACCACAUCCUGUCUGCCUUUUAUGACCAACUACAGUUUCCAUUGCAAUAUUUGUCAUCACAGUGGGAACACAUAUUUCUUAAGAAAACAAGCAAAUUUGAAGGAAAUGUGUCUUAGUGCUCUGGCAAACUUAACGUGGCAAUCAAGGACCCAAGAUGAACAUCCAAAGACCAUGUUCUCAAAAGACAAGGAUAUUAUACCUUUUAUUGAUAAGUACUGGGAAUGUAUGACAACAAGGCAAAGACCAGGGAAAAUGACUUGGCCGAAUAAUAUCGUAAAAACGAUGUGUAAAGAAAGGGAUGUGUUCUUGGUGAAAGAGCAUCCAGACCCAGGAAGCAAAGAUCCAGAGGAAGAUUACCCCAAGUUUGGACUCUUAGACCAGGACCUUGCUAAUAUUGGCCCUGCAUAUGAUAACCAGAAGCAGAGCAGUGCUGUAUCGACUAGUGGAAGUCUAAAUGGUGGAGCCUCUUUGGGAGGGGGUAUCGUAGCAGGAAGUAGCGGGAAAGGGAGAGGAGCAAAGCGCAAGCAACAAGAUGGAGGGACUACAGGUGCGACCAAGAAAACCAGGAGUGAUCCUUUGUUCUCCGCCCAGCGUCUCCCGCCUCAUGGCUACCCAUUGGAGCACCCCUUUAAUAAAGAUGGAUACCGUUACAUUUUGGCUGAGCCUGACCCCCACGCGCCCGACCCAGAGAAGCUAGAGUUAGACUGCUGGGCUGGCAAACCCAUUCCUGGAGAUCUCUACAGAGCCUGCCUCUACGAACGAGUCCUCUUAGCUUUGCAUGACCGAGCUCCCCAGUUGAAGAUCUCAGAUGAUAGAUUGACAGUCAUAGGAGAAAAAGGCUACUCAAUGGUACGAGCUUCACAUGGGGUGCGGAAGGGAGCCUGGUACUUUGAGAUUUCUGUGGAUGAGAUGCCUGUAGAAACUGCUGCCAGACUUGGGUGGUCCCAGCCACUAGGAAACCUUCAGGCUCCCCUCGGCUAUGACAAGUUUAGUUACUCCUGGCGCAGCAAGAAAGGCACAAAAUUCCAUCAGUCAAUUGGUAAACAUUAUUCAUCAAGCUACGGCCAAGGAGAUGUGCUUGGCUUCUAUAUCAGCCUUCCAGAAGACACUGAAACUGCCAAAUCACUACCAGAUACUUACAAAGAUAAGGCUUUGAUCAAGUUCAAAAGCUACUUGUACUUCGAAGAGAAGGACUUUGUGGAUAAAGCUGAAAAGAGUUUAAAACAAGCUCCUGGAAGCCAAAUAAUCUUCUAUAAAAAUGGUGCCAGCCAAGGAGUUGCAUACAAAGAUAUUUUCGAAGGUGUUUAUUUCCCUGCCGUCUCUCUGUAUAAAGGCUGCACGGUUUCUAUAAACUUUGGACCCUACUUCAAAUACCCACCAAGAGAUAUCAGUUACCGUCCGAUCAGCGAUAUGGGCUGGGUUGCAGUAGUAGAACACACUCUGGCAGAUGUCCUUUACCAUGUAGAAACAGAAGUUGAUGGGAGGCGCAGCCCACCUUGGGAACCUUGAAAGAUGUUACGCUGUGCGAUUCUUUAAUUCCUCCAGAAAUUAUCCCUCCUCAUAGCAAAGUUGGUGGCCCUGUGCCAGCCAGCUUAGCAGUGGAAAGGAGCCGGCUGCAAACAAAACAUAAUGUUUCUGCAUAUGUGAAGCAUAUUGAGUUGUAUUACAGAGUUCUGAAGACUAUGGGUUGUAGCCGAGUAACCUCGACUCAUAGCAGACCCAUUGAAAUGAGUGACCCUAAGUUAGUUACGUUGAUUAACUACAGUGGGUUUGCUCUGAGUAGGAGUAGAGUUGAAUAUCACACAUUCUUUUAAAAAUGACCCUCACCCACUGAAAGGAAGCUCGCUCAGUCAGUCUUUCAAAGGGUGAGGAGAGAAGAGGACUGUGUAUGUGUGCUGCCCUUAUACCAUUAUGGAUCCCUUACAGCAUGAGGGCAGAGUAUAGUCACAUGCACAAGGAGGAGGAAUUGGCAGGUUUGGGGGAAAUCUGAAGGAGAAACAACCCCCAAACAGCCCAGUGGGGACUGGGCACAGAAUGCUGCCUGAAAAUGGGGAGGGGAGGAUAGAGCAUCCUGGAAAGGGACAUAGCUAGUUGUUGGGAAUCUUGUACAGGAGCACCCUACACUGCAACAUUUUGUUACAGACCCCAGCUGUAGUGUAUAGUACAUUGGAUUAGACUAGAUACAAAGUACAGUUCAGCCAGAGUUAUGAAUUUGUUCAAAUAUAAAUGUCUAAUAUGCAAAGUAAAGGCACAGGACAUUCAUGUUUGAAAAGGAGCAGGAGGAACUUCU